UCUCUACAUAUAUAAAUUAAAGUUCUAGUGGCUUUUUUUUUUCUUGUGAGGCAUUCCUAUCGUUAUUAAAAAUCACAAUGGGUAAAACAUACUAUUUGUUUUGUUGCUAUGUUUUGCUAGUUUUGUGGGGCGCGAGUACUAGUAAUGGAGCAGAGAAGGAGGAAGCUGUAGGGGUUUAUGAAUUGAAGAGGGGAGACUUCACCGUGAAGCUCACCAACUUUGGUGCAACUGUUCUCUCUGUUUUGCUCCCUGAUAAAAAUGGGAAAUUGGAUGAUGUUGUUCUUGGGUUCGAAACAAUUGAUGAGUACAAGAGUGAUAAAACCUACUUUGGGAACAUUGUUGGUCGGGUUGCCAACAGAAUUCGAGGUGCCCAGUUUACUCUCAACGGCACUCAUUACCAAUUAGUUCCUAACGAAGGAGACAACAUGCUCCAUGGAGGUCCAAAGGGAUUUAGUGAAGUUGUAUGGAAAGUGAAAACCCACAAAGCAGACAGCCAUGUUACAUUCACUUAUCAGAGCUUUGAUGGUGAACAAGGGUUUCCAGGUGAUCUUGAUGUCAUGGUAACAUACAUGCUCAUAGAAACAAACAAGCUGGGCAUCAAAAUGGAGGCCAAGGCACUAAACAAGGCCACCCCAGUGAACCUGGCUUCCCACACUUACUGGAACCUCGGCGGCCACGGCAGCGGUGACGUCCUCUCCCAUAACCUCACCUUGUUCGCCCCCGACAUCACCCCGGUCAACGACGAACUCCUCCCCACUGGUCAAAUCGCCUCGGUCAAAGGAACCGCGUACGAUUUCCGCCGGUCUCGGCCCAUCGGGAGCAUGUUCAAUGAGCUCACAGAUGGAUACGACAUCAACUACGUUGUCGACACUGAGGGUGGCCACAAGCAUUUGAAGAAGGUAGCAGUGGUGGAAGAGAGCAAAUCAGGGAGGAUGAUGGAGCUGUGGUCAAAUAAACCAGGGGUCCAGUUUUACACUAGCAAUAAUCUUGGACCUCUAAAGGGUAAAAAUGGAAUUACCUACUCAAAUUAUGCUGGGCUGUGUUUGGAGACUCAGGGAUUUCCUGACUCAGUGAAUCACCCCAAUUUCCCUUCCCAAAUUGUGAAUCCAGGGGAGACUUACAAGCAUGUUAUGGUUUACAGAUUUACAGCCAAUUAGGUUGAAUUAAGUUCGAAUUAGUUGCUAUAUAGGAAGUACUCCAGAAAUUAGGUAAAAUUAUACAGCACUGCUUUUGUUUUUCCUUUCAUUUUUAUUUGUUGAAUUCACUGAAACAAUUCUGUUUUGGGGUAGGAAAUUUCUGUUAAAUAGUCAUUUCAUUGGAGCUAAGGCGCCAUUGCAUGUGUGUUGCUAAUGAAUUGGUACUUUCUUCAGAUUUGGAUUGUGGUUAAUAUUAUGUAUCACACCCAUUACAGUACAUUAGGG